AUGCAACCAACCCCGGGAUAUUCACCUUCCAAAGGAGGGCUGGACCAGAUGACUGCCUCGCCACAAAGCAGCCCUGCAAUAGCAACUAAUCCAGGAAAUUCAGGAGCCAGUCUUGAUGGGAGCAGGGAUGACAGCCCCGAGUCGCCCAGCGUAACAGUCGACCCAGCCGGGCCGUUGAGCUCAGUGAACAGCCCAGCGGAACCAGAGCCUGGGCAAGGACUGUUGGAGCAACACAGAUCGGACAGACAGCUGACAUUGCCAACAUUUCCUGUUGUUGUGAAAAUUGGACAUGCUCAUUCAGGCAUGGGAAAGGUCAAAGUAGACAACCAUUAUGAUUUUCAGGAUAUAGCCAGUGUGGUAGCCCUUACCCAGACCUAUGCUACCACUGAACCCUACAUAGACUCCAAAUAUGACAUCAGGAUCCAAAAGAUUGGAAACAACUAUAAAGCCUACAUGAGAACUUCUAUAUCUGGAAAUUGGAAGACAAACACUGGAUCUGCAAUGUUAGAACAAAUUGCUAUGACAGACAGAUACAAGCUCUGGAUUGAUAGCUGUUCUGAGAUGUUUGGUGGCUUGGAUAUAUGUGCUGUCAAAGCAGUCCAUGGGAAGGAUGGAAAGGAUUAUAUUUUUGAGGUUAUGGGUUCUGCAACACCUUUGAUUGGUGAGCACCAGGCUGAAGACAAACAGCUUAUAACUGAGCUUGUUGUAAGCAGAAUGAACCAACUUUUAUCUAAAACACCCAUACCAUCUCCUCAGAAACCAACUGCUACUCAGCAACCUCAGACUGGAUCGGCUAAGGAGUCCGAAUCAAAUAAAGUCCCAUCCCAGCGACCACCUCCUCAAGGGGGCCCAGUGCAACCCCAAGGAAUGCAAUCACAAAGCCAGGAGCCACCCCAAGGGUUCCCACCGGGGCAUUCAGGAAAGUCCUCCAGUUCUCUGCCUCCACGUCCACCUGGCCCUGCGAUUCAUCCAUCACGUUCCCAGGCCUCAGGUCCUUCAAGUGCUGGGCCUCCAGCAGACAUGAAGACUGAGCCCUCACCAGACUCAUCCCAGAAGCCUCAGUCACAUCCUCAGCUAAACAAAUCACAAUCUCUGACAAAUGCCUUCAACUUCACGGAAUCAUCCUUCUUCCGAUCAUCUGUGAAUGAGGAUGAAGCAAAAGCUGAAACCAUCCGAAACUUAAGAAAAUCUUUUGCCAGCCUGUUUUCAGAUUAA